AUGAUGUACUUCAUCCGUUUGUCAUAGGACUUCAGUCACUCAAAGGAAAACUAAAGACUGCAUCAAUGGAGCACAUUCAGGGAGCCUGGAAGACUAUCAGCAAUGGUUUUGGACUCAAGGAUUCUGUCUUUGAUGGCCCAAACUGUAUUUCACCUACUAUUGUCCAGCAGUUUGGUUAUCAACGCCGAGCAUCUGAUGAUGGCAAAAUAUCAGAUACUUCCAAAACUAGUAAUACUAUUCGCGUUUUCUUGCCCAACAAGCAACGCACAGUGGUAAAUGUGCGAAAUGGGAUGACCCUACAUGAUUGUCUUAUGAAGGCGCUUAAAGUAAGAGGUCUGCAGCCAGAAUGCUGUGCAGUUUUUCGACUUCUUACUGAACCGAAAGGUAAAAAAGUGCGCUUGGAUUGGAAUACAGAUGCUGCGUCCUUGAUUGGAGAGGAGCUGCAAGUGGACUUCCUUGAUCACGUUCCACUCACUACACACAAUUUUGCUCGGAAGACAUUUCUGAAACUUGCAUUUUGUGACAUCUGCCAGAAGUUCCUGCUAAAUGGGUUUCGGUGUCAAACAUGCGGUUAUAAAUUCCACGAACAUUGCAGCACUAAAGUUCCGACCAUGUGUGUCGACUGGAGCAAUAUCAGGCAACUCUUAUUGUUCCCAAAUUCAAAUAUCAGUGACAGUGGUGUCCCUGCACUACCUCCCUUGACAAUGAGACGGAUGCGGGAGUCUGUCUCCCGGAUACCUGUUAGUUCUCAGCACAGGUAUUCUACGCCUCAUGCCUUCACAUUCAACGCAUCAAAUCCUUCCUCUGAGGGCUCCCUUUCCCAAAGACAGCGAUCUACAUCCACACCAAAUGUCCAUAUGGUUAGCACUACAAUGCCUGUAGACAGCAGGAUAAUCGAGGAUGCAAUUCGAAGCCACAGUGAAUCAGCCUCACCCUCUGCUCUGUCUGGAAGUCCUAACAAUAUGAGUCCAACUGGCUGGUCUCAGCCCAAAACCCCAGUCCCAGCCCAAAGAGAGAGAGCCCCUGGAUCUAAUACGCAAGAAAAAAACAAAAUUAGGCCUCGUGGACAAAGAGAUUCCAGUUAUUAUUGGGAAAUAGAAGCAAGUGAAGUUAUGCUUUCUACCAGAAUAGGGUCAGGUUCUUUUGGAACGGUUUACAAAGGCAAAUGGCAUGGGGACGUUGCAGUGAAGAUAUUAAAGGUUGUAGAUCCAACCCCAGAACAGUUCCAAGCUUUCAGAAAUGAAGUGGCUGUAUUAAGGAAGACUCGGCAUGUUAAUAUUUUGCUCUUUAUGGGCUACAUGACUAAAGAUAAUCUGGCUAUUGUUACACAAUGGUGUGAAGGAAGCAGUCUGUAUAAACACCUGCAUGUUCAGGAGACCAAGUUCCAAAUGUUCCAGCUCAUCGAUAUUGCCCGGCAGACAGCACAGGGAAUGGACUAUUUACAUGCGAAGAAUAUAAUCCACAGAGACAUGAAAUCCAAUAAUAUAUUUCUUCAUGAAGGCCUCACAGUGAAAAUAGGAGACUUUGGUCUGGCGACUGUAAAAUCCAGGUGGAGUGGAUCUCAACAGGUGGAACAGCCCACUGGUUCAAUCUUGUGGAUGGCACCAGAAGUGAUACGGAUGCAGGAUAGUAACCCAUUUAGUUUUCAGUCAGAUGUCUACUCCUAUGGAAUAGUAUUGUAUGAACUAAUGACAGGAGAGUUGCCAUACUCCCAUAUAAACAACCGAGAUCAGAUUAUUUUUAUGGUUGGCCGAGGGUAUGCUUCUCCAGACCUCAGUAAACUGUACAAGAACUGCCCCAAAGCAAUGAAGAGGCUUGUAGCAGAUUGUUUGAAGAAAGUUAGGGAGGAACGACCUCUGUUUCCACAAAUACUGUCUUCCAUUGAAUUGUUGCAACAUUCGUUACCCAAAAUCAACCGGAGUGCUUCCGAACCAUCUCUGCAUCGUGCAGCCCACACAGAGGACAUAAAUUCUUGCACAUUAACAUCCACAAGACUACCUGUUUUUUAGGAUCAUGCUCUCCUUCCCUUGUUCUCCCCAGUAAUGGGAAAGGAACAGAAGUAAUGGAAGUUGCUUUUUAAUGCCUCAGUGUACAGGAUCAGUGCCAGCAGGAUUAUCUGCAUCCCAGUUUUAAGAACAAGCUGCUAAGGAUUUCUGCAGGAUUAUCCUGCAGGGAUGUAGCUCCACAUUGCCUUUUUCUACCAUUUCUUUUACUGGGAUAGAGUUAACAGACUAUAAUCAAGAGAUCUAUUACUAUUUUUUUAAUAGAUGCACUUGAGCCUUAUUUUUCCCAUACAUGGAAGAGAUGGAUGUUUCUUUGGCAGUGUUUCUGGAUUGAUUUGAAUCUGUUGACAAAUUGGUAUUUUUAUAGCAAGGAUGGCUUGACUCUGCAUUUGAGGAAAGAUUAUGCAUUAUGGUGCUCUUUGAUCGCUCCACGCCAUAUGCCACUUUAAGUUGGGGAGUUUUGCCUGAAAUGGGUAUCUGCGAACAGGACUGAGGGAAGAGGAAAAAAAACUUUCUGGAAAUCAGCUCCUGCCUAAGAGCUUUCAUCAAGCCAAUGAGAUAAGUUAAAAUGCUAAUUCAACACACAAUAGUUUUGCAAUAGUUUUGCACAUAGAAGAAAAACUCUUGCAAAGGAAUGGAAUAUAUUCUAAACUGUACUGCUCAGAGAAGAAAGCUAGCCAGUCUUGCUAUGGUCAUCUUCAGUAACUUAAGCAGCUUAUUUUGGUACUAUUGACUUGUUUCUUGCAGCCCAAUGAGGUGUUAAGUGCGGAAAGACAGGCUUUUGUGGCUGAGAAAAGGCUAAUUAACGUUAUCAGUAUACUUCUGCAAAAUGAGCAUAGUCUUCAUCCCAUCUGAAGCUGUCGUCAGAGAGAUGCACUAUCAAGAGGAAACUGAGCAUAUGCAGUUUUUCUUGCUGAUUUGGGUUUUAAUUUUGUUUUUAUUGCUCCUGAGAAAAUGCAUUUAUUGUAAGCGAACGUUCCUCUGAUUAUCUUAUUUUAAUAAAAUAAAUUAAAUUUUAGGUUUAAGAUUCAAUGUCAUCAUCAUUCAGUGCACUAACUCAUCUAUAUCUAGCUGUGGAAAAACUCACUCAGAAAAGGACGUUCUGAGUACUUUUAAACAAGUUACUAGGUUAGAUAUUAGUGUCAUAGUCUUACAGCAGCAUCUGCUUAUUCCAAGAUAUGUAUAUUAAUGUACUUUCAAGCUAUUUAACUGCAGUGUUUUUGCUCUGCCUUUUAUCUUCCACAAGUCAGAUUUUUUUUUUUAAUUAGCUGGGAGUGAAUGUUUUGUCAUGCCUGAACUCUAUAGAUCACAAAAAAUAGGUGGUUUAAUUUGAGA